UUCUCUUUUGUAAGAAUGGAAGUCUCUCUCUAUAAUUCUACAGUUUGUAGAUUAUGUGGAGAAGAAAAUGAUAAUGGAACUUUCCUUUAUUCGAGUGAAGAAAAUAAUCAAAAUCUAAGUGAACUUAUCAAUACUUAUUUACCCAUCAAGGUAUCAGAUGAUGGUCACCUUCCUCGAACAAUAUGCCCUGGGUGUACAAUACAAUUGGAAGCUAAUGUAGAAUUCUUAACCCUUAUCAUUAAUGGCCAGGUAAAAUACUAUUCAAUAAAAAAAUAAGUUUUAAUUUUAAAUAACCAAUUAAGAGUAAAAAUAAUUGUUCAUUAAAUUUAUUUCAGAAAGUUAUCCGGCAACUUCAUGAGAGAGAGAAAGAAUAUAAAAAGAAUAUUUUUGCUAAUUCUAAUGUGAAUCAACUAGUUACUGAAACUGUUAUUUAUGAAAGUAAGUAAGCCUAGAUUUUGAAACAUACAAUAAUAAAAAAGAGUGUCACAUAAAUAUGCUUCAACUGGGUAAAAAGCAAUAAAUAAACAAAUAUGAAUAACCUUAAUAACAAAUAAUUAUUGUUAUGUAUAAUAAAAUAUGUAGCAAAUUGUAUAUAGCUAACUCACUAAUAAACAUAUAAAAUAAAUAAAUAAACUUAUGUAACAUAAAUAAGUAAAACAUAAUAUGGAAAUUAAAGUAAUGGAAAAAAAAUGACUUCAAAAAAAUUAAAAAUUGUAAUAAAGAGAAACAACCAAAAUUUAAUAAAUUGAAACACCAAAAUUCAAUACUAUCCAAAAACUUUUUUUGAGGUUGGUGCAAGCAGUGUUUUUAGUAAGA